UUUAAAACAUGAAAAAAUGCCAGUUCAGUCGAUUUUUUAUGACGUCAAAUAGGAUUAUUUCACUGGAUAGAUAAAUAAGGCAGAAAAUCUAUAAAAGCAGGCGCACUGUAAGAAAUAAUCAUUAGUUCACUGAAACUACUCCAACCAACAACAGCUGAAAGGAAAGGAAAAGAGGAACUGUCGACAACUAUCGCAAUGGGAUUCGGAUUAUUUGCACGACGAUUCGCUAAUGCUAUCAACAAAAAGCAGAUUGCUCUUGGUGUAGGUGCUAUUGCCGCCGCUACUGGUUAUUCCAUCUACCAAGCACCUGCUGAGAACAGCUGCAAACAAGCCAUUCGUUCCGCGUACAGAAAAUUCAUGCCUUUGAAUGACUACCCUGAUUUGACCAAACACAACAAUUGUUUGGCAAAUCAUCUUACACCUCAAUUGUAUGCGAAGCUAAGAGAUCUUUCAACGCCAUCUGGGUUUACUUUGGAUCAAGCCAUCCAAACCGGAGUUGAUAACCCAGGUCAUCCCUUUAUUACAACAGUCGGCGUUGUCGCUGGAGAUGAGGAGACGUACAGUGUUUUUGCUGAAUUGCUUGACCCCAUCAUUGAAGAAAGACAUAACGGAUACAAGAAGACAGACAAGCAUAUUACUGAUCUUAAUGCAUCGAAGAUUAGAAACGGUAUGCUUGAUGAGAAUUAUGUUUUAUCAUCAAGAGUGCGUACUGGAAGAAGCAUUAAAAACCACAGCCUACCGCCAUCUUGUACAAGAGCUGAGAGAAGAAGUGUUGAGCACAUUUUAACCAGUGCACUAAAUUCGCUGACAGGUGAUCUUUCUGGGACAUACUAUCCGCUGAAUGGUAUGACAGAUGCAGAACAACAACAAUUGAUUGAUGACCAUUUCUUGUUUGAUAAGCCAGUGUCUCCCCUGCUAACCUGUGCAGGGAUGGCGCGUGACUGGCCUGAUGCUCGUGGAAUUUUCCACAACAAGGAGAAGAACUUUUUGAUUUGGGUAAAUGAAGAAGAUCACUCAAGAAUUAUCUCAAUGGAGAAAGGAGGAAACAUGAAGAAUGUUUUUGAAAGAUUCUGUCGUGGGUUGAAGGAGGUUGAGAACCAUAUUUCAAACAAUGGUCAUGGUUUUAUGUGGAAUGAACAUUUGGGCUACAUACUUACUUGCCCAUCAAAUUUGGGAACUGGUUUAAGAGCAGGUGUUCAUGUGAAAUUGCCUAAACUAUCAAAAGAUAAACGUUUUGAUGCCAUUUUGGAAUCAUUCCGUUUACAAAAGAGAGGAACCGGAGGUGUCGACACAGCCGCUACUGGAGGCACUUUCGAUAUUUCUAAUCUGGACCGACUUGGAUUUUCUGAAGUUCAGUUAGUCCAACAAGUCAUUGACGGAGUUAACACCUUGAUUGAUAUGGAAAAGAAUUUGGAGAGAGGGAAGAGCAUUGAUGGGCUGCUUCCCAACAAUUUGAAGUUUUAAGCGACGUUCGCGUUGCUUUUUUAUUUAAAAAAGUAAAAAAAUAUAAAAAAAAUAUAAAAAUAAAAAAAAUCAACAAAAAGAAGAAAACAAAAAAAAUAACAAAAAAAUAAAAAAUAUAUAAAAUUUUGGCAGGAGGGAGAGGAAGGAGAUAAACAAAAGUGCAUUUUUUUGCACAGAAAGUAUGGAAAUUGAUAAACUUUUUUUAUGUUUGGGAUCUGAAACUAAAUGAUGCUAAAACUGAGAAAAGGAGAGAAUUAGGAUUUGAAAAGCAGCAAAACAAAAACAAUAUUAAGAAGGAAAUGUUACAUGUUUCGGAUGGAAGCUAUGUAACAUACUAGCAGAGUUAUUUUUUCAUUCAAAACCCAAAUUGUGUACGGACCUUUAUAUUGCUUCAUAAAAAUUUUCACUAGCAAAAUAAAAAUAAAAACUGGAAGAUUGUAUAUUUUAGAAACGUUUUUUUUUUGUGAGAGAGUUUGGUAUCGCUUAGAAGUUUUAUAUUUACCAUCAUGACGUCAAAAGAAACUUUUAAGUUUGUUUUAUUUUGUACGAGGAUUUUUUUUUGUGGAGAUUCCAAUCGGUGAAGAUAGUUCAAGCUAAUAUCACUUGCUUUGUCACUUGCUCGAAAUAAUUCAUUUAAGCUUUUCAUCUUUUAUGUCUUUGUAAGUUAAAAUCUGGAUAGUGGUACGUAAAAGAUGAAAAAAAUUAUUUCCACAUGCAUGUGGGUCUGUGACAAAUAAGUCUUAAAUAACAAGGGAUAUUUGAAAGGUGACAUUUUUGAUAACUAAUGUCUGCUUUGCACACUUCAUCGUCUAUUUCAAGUUCGCCGCCUACAAAACUUGAAGAAUUUACACAGAAAAAUUGCAAAAGAAAAAACAGUUUGAAAAAGGAUUCUAAAAGAUAGAAUGAAACAUGCCGAAUUUUUGGAGAAGUAUAUAAGUUUAUAAAAAAUAUACAAUAUGUGGAAAUUCAUGAAGCAAUUAAAGUGAUGUUACAUAAACCCAAAAUAUUCCAAAAACAACAACAACAACAACAACCCAUUUGCCAGUAAUACAUGAGAUUGAUUCGAUUUCUCUCUAAUAUCAGUUUUUAGUUGAUUUUUGUGGAGGAUCCCAUCUAAAAUUUGUUUUGAUGACAACAUACAUGAAGUCGUCUCCGGAAUCUCCCUCUUGCCAAUAAAUAAAUAAUUUUUA